AUGACGCUCUUCACUGGAGUUGGGUUCUUGAUCGGCAUUCCACUAUCGACGGCAGUUGGACGACGACCUAUUGUUGUUGGUGCUUCUGUGGUGACGGUGCUAUCGACGCUCUGGGCAGGCUACGCUGGAUCAUUCCUGCAAUUAAUUGCUGCCCUCAGCUUCCAAGCCCUCGCAGCCGGAUCAGCAACCGGGGUGUUCAUCCUCAUCCUCAUCGACGCAACAUUCAUCCACGAACGCCCCAGCGCACUCUCACUAUUCUGGUGCACAGGCUCAGCCCUCAUCAAACUCGCUCUCUUAAUCCUCCCUUUGACUACCGACACUACAAUGACCUGGCGAUGUGUAUACAAAGCCUGGAUCGCACCUUGCAUCCUCGCCUUCUUUUUAGUUCUCUUCUGCGUCCCCGAGACAUACUUCCUUCGACCUCCCGUCGCACUCGAUGGACGAGUCCUAGUUCAGAGCAGCUCUGAAAAGGUUGAGGUCUAUGGAGGUUGGGAUGAGAUCGAGCUCAUCAGAAAUGACAAACCUCUACCUGAUUUACCGUCUUCUUGGUCGAUAUGGUCUCACUUGAAGGUGUCGCGAGCACCUGGGACGAAGUGGGAGUCUGUGCUUGCAACAUAUGGACAGAUGUUCCUAUGUAUUCUUAACCCUCUCACCUUUUGGGUCUCUCUACUUACCGGCAUCAUCCUCAGUGGUGUCAUUUUCCUCAACCUCACUCAACCAUCUGCCCUCAUCUAUAUGUUUGGGGACAAGGAAACAGGAUGCAUUAAUAUCUUGCUUGGCGUCGCGGGCGUAGUUGGUUCUCUUCUCGCAUUCCCUCUCACAGGACCAUUCGCUUCCUGGUUUACACGACGCUACACCUUUCGCAAAGGCGGUAUUCGCCACGCCGAAGUCUACCUGGCUCUAUUCGCCGUCCCUGUCAUUACCGGCCUGACAAGCGUCCUUCUCAAUGGUCUCGCCCUUAUCAACAAGUGGCCUUCCGUCUGGAUCUACAUCACAUCAGCAAUCAGCAUCAUGAGCUUCCUAACCGGCAACGUCGCCUUCACUCUCUGGAUCACCGAGGCGUUUCCGCGAUGGGCAGCCGCAGCACUCGCUGUUCAAUUGUUCACUGGAAACAUGUUUGGUUUCGGAAUUAGUACUGCCAUAUUACCUUGGACUCAGGAGGGCCAUAUCCUACAGCCAACCAUCCUCAUCUUUGUCUUGAUGCUCGUCAUGGGAGCGAUGGCUGUCCCGGCGGCGUUUUGGGGCAAGACUGUGAGGCAGUAUAUCCAAGGACGAUGGAGUGACUCUGAGAGAACUGCCCUUCGCCCUCAGUAG